UGAGCUUUGAAGGCUACUUGAAAACUUCAAAAAGCAUUUAAUUUCAUCCUCAGGCUUCCUUCUUGUUCCAUUAUGAUGAGCAAACUGAGCAUUUGAAGAUCCGUGCAGGUUGACCUUUGAAAGAUAACAACAGUACAAGCUAAUCCUCAUGCCCCGUAACGCUCCGAGAAUCGAGAUGCCGGAAUCUGAAGAGAACGAGUUCGCGAGCUUCUCUAUGUUCUCCCCUUCACGAGCUCCUCUGAAUUCGAUACCAGAUCCAAGUCAAUUACAGAAGACGACUCAUCUCUCCGAUUUCGAUUUGGCUCAGAAACUGGAACUCGCGAGAACGCAGGGUCCGGAGAGGAGAUUCGAAGGUAGAGCUGGUGCGCACGAUUCGAACCCUAGGAUCGUAACUCGUAAUGCGAGAUCUAGGUCGGAGCCAAACUCCGCGCAGAGUACGCCGACUAGGAGCGGUGCUAGGGUUUCUCUAGGCGGCGGUUGUGUUACCGGCGCGAGAGUUGCUCAGUCUUUCGCUGGAAGAGGAAGGAUCCCAAAGUGGAUUUCUAUGGCUGAUUCUAUGGAAACAACUCCACAUUUUGAGAUGAAUGAAGAUCAUUCGUUCUGGAAAGAGCACAAUGUGCAGGUUUUGAUAAGGAUGAGGCCAAUAAGCACAAUGGAAAGAGCUACUCAAGGACAUGGUAGGUGUUUAAAGCAGGAGAGUCCACAGACAUUGGUUUGGUUAGGCCAUCCAGAGACCAGAUUCACCUUUGACCAUGUUGCCAGUGAGACUAUCUCUCAGGAGAAACUAUUUCGCGUUGCUGGGCUGCCUAUGGUGGAGAAUUGUUUGUCUGGUUACAACAGCUGUGUGUUCGCCUACGGCCAGACUGGUAGUGGCAAGACCUAUACUAUGAUGGGAGAGAUAUCUGAGGUAGAGGGAAGCCUCGGUGAAGACUGUGGAGUUACUGCUCGUAUUUUUGAAUACCUCUUCUCAAGAAUCAAAAUGGAAGAAGAGGGAAGGAGAGAUGAAAAACUUAGAUUCAGUUGCAAAUGUUCUUUUCUUGAGAUAUACAACGAGCAGAUUACCGACCUCUUGGAGCCAUCCUCGACCAAUUUGCAACUCAGAGAAGACUUAGGAAAAGGAGUAUAUGUGGAAAAUCUUGUAGAACAUAAUGUGAGAACUGUUAAUGACGUUUUAAAGCUUCUAUUACAGGGAGCUGCGAACCGGAAGAUUGCAGCUACUCAUAUGAAUAGUGAAAGCAGCAGAUCCCACAGCGUUUUCACGUGUACAAUCGAGAGCAUCUGGGAGAGAGAUUCCCUAACCCAUUCAAGAUUUGCCAGACUAAAUUUGGUCGAUUUGGCUGGUUCUGAAAGGCAGAAAAGCUCAGGCGCGGAAGGUGAUCGCCUAAAAGAAGCAGCAAACAUUAACAAAUCCUUAUCCACUCUGGGCUUAGUGAUAAUGUCUCUGGUGGAUUUGGCACAUGGCAAACAUAGACAUGUUCCGUAUCGAGAUUCACGACUUACCUUUCUACUGCAGGAUUCUCUUGGGGGUAAUUCUAAAACAAUGAUAAUAGCCAAUGUCAGCCCAUCUCUUUGCUCUAUAAACGAGACCCUCAGCACACUGAAAUUCGCACAACGAGCCAAACUUAUCCAGAAUAACGCUAAAGUCAACGAAGAUGCCUCUGGGGAUGUCACAGCACUCCAGCAGGAAAUAAGAAAGUUAAAGGUCCAACUGUCCUCUCUCAUGAAGAACCAUAACUCUUGUGGAGCUCUUACAGACUGCAUAGCUUCUCUUGAAGAACCCAGAUACUCUGGUACAUGUGAAGUAGCAAGAAAAACACAACAAGACAAGUGUCACUGUCAGGUGAACAACUCACUGAGAAUGAAGGUGAAAAAUACGAAAGAUAUUUUGAUUGGUGCUCUCAGAAGAGAAAAUAUUGCUGAAACUGCCCUUCAGAAGUCUGAGGCUGAGAUUGAGCGUAUAGACAGCUUGGUUAGAGAUAUGGAAGAGGAUGCUAAAUGCAUUAAAAGAAUGCUUAAUCUUCAGCAAGAAAAAGUUGGAGAGACGGAAUUCUCUACGUCUGAUUCUUUGAUGACAAAUGAGUGUCUCAUUGAAGAAAAUAAAUCUCUGAAAGGAGAGAUCAAUCUUCUUCGUGAAAUCAUGGACAAAAACCCACAGUUGAAACGUUCGACCUUGGAGAACACCAAACUCCGGGAGCAGCUACUACGAUAUCAGAAGUUUUAUGACCAUGGGGAGCGAGAGGCAUUGCUGUCUGAAAUGACAGGACUUCGCGACCAGCUUCUUGAUGUUCUUGAAGCAAAAGAUGAGUCCUUUUCAAAUCAUGUAAUAAAGGAGAACGAAGUGGAAAAGGAAUUGAAAGACUGCAGAAAGAUGAACUCUAGCUUCGUCAGAGAACUAGAUGAGAUACAAGCAAGAGUUGGAAGAUAUAUGAAAUUCGACCAAACUCAAUCCGACUUUGUUGCAUCUACCAUCAGUGGAGCUGAGCAGGUUAAUCAAGCACAUAAGCAUUCAACGGUAGAAACAAUGUCUGCUAUCGGUGAAAACAAAGAGGAAGUGGCCUUUUCAGAGAGUAAAAACUCAAGUAAUAUCUAUGGUGAAUCAGACAAUCCUGAUGGCAUUAGGGUUUGGGUAAUAAAUGAAUCACAGGAUGUGCUAGAGGAGAACGAUAGAUCCAUCAAACUGCUGAACAACAAAAGUAGUAUGGAAAGAGAUGCUGUUCCUAGGAUAGAAGGUCAAGACUUGGAGUUAAGCGGCAUGGUCAAUAACACAGAUGCUGUAAUGAAGGCUGAUGAGGGGACAGACAGGUCAGUCCUGCAGUUCAAGUUAAGGAAAGUAAUUAAGGACCUCGAGGAGGCCAAAACACUCAAUAGUCAGUAUGAAAAAGAGCAGAAGUUACUUUUAUCUCAGCAACAAGAUAUUGAAGUGGUCCGCGAGCAAGUCGAGACAGAAACUGCUAGAACAAUUCUUGAGCUGCAGGAAGAGGUGAUUGCUCUCCAGUCUGAAUUUGAAGGAAGAAUCUGUAAAUUGACCGAAGAAAAUCAAUCGAUGAAAGAUGCUAUAACUGCUAGAGAGGCAGAAAUAAGAGCACUUAACCAAGACUGGGAAAAGGCCACCUUAGAACUAACAAAUUUCAUUGUGGAUGGGUCUAAAUCCAUCACAGAUGCCUCCACACAGAUUGAAAGUAUUGUAUGUUCGUUUCCACAUGUGAAUGCAUGGAUAGGAGAUUAUGUUGAAAAGGCUGCAAAAGAUUGCAUAAGAAAGGAAGAAACAAUUUUACUUCUUCACAAAAGCUUGGAGGAUGCAAGGAUAUUGUUAGCAGAGAUGGAUUUGAAGCUGAAUUGCUUAAAGGGUGCAGCAAUUGCUCUCAACGAAUUUCAACUGGAUGGCAAUGCUGCAACCACCGAAGAGAGUUUCCGCGUGAGCACUGGAUUAGACAGGAUUAGCAACGAGGUAGACACGCUUGAGAAUGACUUAAAUGCAAAGCAGUGUUCUAUUCUAGAGGCAGAGCGACAUGCUGAGGCUGCAAUUUCUGUUAAAAAAUGGCUUUCUGACUCUAGAAAUCAACACCAAGUGCCGGAAAAAGUAGAAAAUCAAUCGGUCAAAGAAAGCCGCCCCUCAAGUUCAGUCUUGGCUUCUCCUAGUGCGGAAGGGAAUGCUGAUAUUAAUUUUUCAAUGGAUGGAUAUAUAAGUGAAGCAACAUAUACGAAGGGUGAUGAGCUUUCAACAUCAAGCUCUGACUUUUCAAACUGCAGAUUGCAACAUGAUUGUGCAUUGAAGGCAGAGGGCCAAGGAGGUUCAGCUUCUGAAUCUGACGCCCAGGAAAUUCAUAACAGGACCACAUCAGCAGCUUUGUUGGUCAAGAGUGGUUCUGAAGAUUGUGUUUACUGCGGAGAGGGAAGGCAGACUCUACAGAGGCCAUUAACGAUAACGAUGGGUAGAUCAGAAACGGAACGCAAAUGCAGUAACCCAAGGGUGGAUCCUGUGAGAAGCUUCUUCGAUCGAUUUGAGGCAGUUAGUGCUACCAUGAAAGAAGUUGAUCUCACACUAUGUGAAUUAGUAAAGGCCAACGAAAAAUCAAAAUUUGUAACUGGAAUGUGCCUUCAAACGCAUGAAGAGCAAAUGGUUAAGGAGAAAAAUCUGUUGGAUGAUCUUGAACAGGUGAAGUCUACGCUAUUGGCAAAAGAACAGGAAAGUCAAAUCUUGCUAAAUCAAACACAAUCGACUUUGGCUGACAUGGAAAAGUCAGUGUCUUUGCUUGAAGAAUGUCUUCUGGAAACGAAAAGAGAAGUAGGAGAAACAGUAGAGGCUUUAGUUUCCGAUGUUGAACAGAUUGUAUCUGAAAACAUGGAGAGAGAGUUCACCAUGUAUGCAACAUAUCAGUGCCACAUUGGGAAACUGAUGGAUCAAAUUUUGGACCACAGAAAACAUGUUAUCACUCCCCGCGUUGCGGGGCAAGAAAACCAACAGUCAAUGGAAACGAAGGCCAUUGGGUACAGUGCUGAAGAUGAAGUUACAGGAAAGCUAAAUAGAGUUCACAAAGCUGAUGUGGUCACAGGUUUCGAAGGUGAAGAAGUUGUUCAAACACAUGAAGGCCUGUUAAAUGAGAACUUUUAUCUGAAAAAGGAGCUGGAGAGAAAAGAAGCUUUGUUUGAAGGUUUGCUUUUUGAUUUUCGGCUACUCCAGGAAUCAGCAUCAAAUAAAAGAGAUAUCAGAGAUGAAAUGGAUGAGCUGUUUGACGCGUUAUGCAAAGUUCAGAAAGAUUUGGAGGUGAAAGCGAAUCAAGUUCAAGCUCUUUUUGUUCAUAAUGAGAAUCUCGAAAAUUGCUGCAUUAACUUGAAAAAGGCUCUUCUUACGUCGAAGGCAGAUCUAGAGCAGGCCAACGAGAGCAUACAAGUUCUUGAGGAGCAGAAUGAUGAGUUAAACGUCCUCGUCAGAGACCUCUGUAUGGAAAAGGUUGCAGCUGAAGAGGGAUUGGAAGAACAAAAAGAGCUUGUCCAAAGGUUAGAAAACGAAAUCCUUCACUUGACUACUACAGCAGAAAAGCAGUUGGUCAAAUCCAUCGAAGAAAACUUGAGAAAAACCAGCGAUGAGAAAGAUCAACUUGUUGAGGAAAUAUGUUCAUUGAAUGAUAAGCUCAAGUUGGCGUAUGCUAUAGCUGAUGAAAAAGAAGCAAUUGCGGUAGAGGCUCGCCAGGAAUCUGAAGCGAGUAAAAUAUAUGCGGAACAAAAGGAAGAAGAGGUCAAGAUUCUAGAAAUUUCUGUUGAGGAACUUGAGCGUACUGUAAAUAUAUUAGAACGACGGGUGUAUGAUAUGGAUGAGGAAGUUAAAAGGCAUCGCACAUUAGAGACAGAGCUCCAAGCUCUCAGGCAGAGAUUGUUUAGAUUUGAGGACCUCACUGGCACUGUGGUCACAACCACUGAAGGCAGAGAUGAAUAUGAGAGUCAACUAUCCACGUCAAAAGAGCUGCAAGGUGCGCAUGGUCAGAUACAAGUCCUCCAGAAAGAAGUAGCAGAACAAACCAAAGAGAUUAAACAGCUAAAAGAGUACAUCUCCGAAAUUUUACUGCAUUCGGAGGCCCAAGCAUCUAAUUACCAGGAGAAGUAUAAGACUCUGGAGGUCAUGAUUCGAAACUUCAAAUUAGAGGACUCGAAUUCGUCAGCUGCAGAGACCGCCAUAUCACAUAAAACUGACAAAAGCUCAACAAGGAGCAGAGGUUCAAGUUCACCCUUUAGAUGUAUAGUUGGGUUGGUACAACAGAUGAAGUUGGAGAAGGAUCAGGAAUUGACCAUGGCAAGAGUUCGUGUUGAAGAAUUGGAGUCACUGCUAGCUGCUAAACAGAAAGAGGUUUGCACAUUGAACACGAGAUUAGCUGCAGCUGAUAGCAUGACUCAUGAUGUUAUUCGAGAUUUACUUGGUGUGAAAAUGGAUAUAACUAGCUAUGCUGAGUUGAUUGACCAGCACCAGAUCCAAAGAGUGGUUGAAGAGGCUAAGCAACAUGCUGAAGAGAUCAUGUCCAAGGACCAAGAAAUCAUCAACCUGAAGAGACAUAUAGAUGCUCUUGUUAAGGAAAGAGAGAGUUGCAUGUCAGAGUUGAACAAGAAGGAUACAGAUGUUCUUGCGACACAGAUAUCUUUGGACCAAUUACAAGAGCGAGCUCAGUUGCUUUCUAUGCAAAACGAAAUGUUGAAGAAUGACAAGAGCAAUUUGCUGAGGAAGUUAGCUGAACUUGAACGAACAGUCCGCGAGGCAGGAGCCAGUAACCAACGUGUUCCACAGACAAAAAAGGAUACAGUGUCAUUUAAACUUGCUGAUACUGAUUAUACCAAGAGACUGGAAAAUGCUCAGAAGCUUCUUUCUCAUGCUAACAAUGAAUUGGCAAAGUAUCGCAAAACCAGCAGUAAUAUUCCAUCUACAAGAACUCAAGGACAGAGCUCUGGUACAAGAUAUCGGUAAGAGCUUUUCUUACCAAGCUGUAAGUCCCACGUCCAAUUCUAAUUGCUUUCAUACUUUGAGAUGUUGUCUUCUUAAUCUUUUGGAUUGAUUGUGUAUAAGAAUGCAUAUACCAUGUUGUUUUGUAUUGGUAUUUUUAUAUUUGUAUGAAAGAAGAGAACAAACUUGUAAGUUGUAACCAAAAGAUUAGGGGUUGUUAGAAGCAAUGUACAAAGAGGACAAA